UGCAGUCAGCCUGCAUGAGAAUUGCGAACAAGGUGGCACUAUUGCUGAACAUCCAGCGCACCGACCGCGCAUGUGUCAUCUCUGCACUGACCGGACGCGACGGUGCCUAUUUUUUCCUCCCCUCCCUCCCUUUUCUGUCCUCUUCAUCAUCACUCCUCUGUCUUUCUCAGGAGGUGAUACGCACCGCGGCUCAGGCACACCUGCUUUUCACCUCUCGGCUCAGCGUUCGUUCCGUUUUCUGACUACAUUCACUUGAAAUACAAACAGGGCUGCCUCGGCUGGGAAGGAGCUGCGCGUUGUCAAAUAGGGCUGUCUGUAUCCUGCUCUUUCCUCCUCCCUGCUCUCGGCGAGGGCUGACAGGGAUGGAAGCCCGCGCUGGCCGCCUCUUCGUGGACUCGUUUUUCACCUUUCUCAUCAUUCGCGCUGUAUCUCUGAGGUGGUGAUUGGAAAAACAUGCCGUUGAAAUGGAAAAGCGGUUCGCCCGUUAGCUGGAAAUUUCCCGUACCCGUUCUCAAAACGUCCAGGUCCUCGCCACUGUCGCCCGCAUACAUCCACCAGCACUCGUUUGUGGUGUGGACCACCCACUCUCUGCUUGCUGCAUCUCCAACCUAUCACCUGACAGGAUCACUGGUAGAGGAUGAUGAUGCUCAGAUGAUGAAGGUGUCACUAGGAUGCAGUGAAAUGGGGCUCUCCACCCACUUGCAGGCCUCAAAAACAGGAAACACACGCUUCUUUACCAGCAACACGCACAGCUCUGUGGUCCUACAGGGAUUUGACCAGUUGAGGAUAGAGGGCCUGCUGUGUGAUGUCACGUUGGUGGCAGGAGACGGGGAUGAGGCGUUUCCUGUUCACCGAGCUAUGAUGGCCUCCUCCAGCGACUACUUUAAAGCCAUGUUUACAGGUGGAAUGAAAGAGCAGGAUUUGAUGUGUAUAAAGCUGCACGGUGUGAAUCGAAUAGGGCUGAAGAAGAUUAUAGACUUCAUUUACACCGCCAAACUCUCUCUCAACAUGGAGAACCUACAGGACACCCUAGAGGCUGCUAGCUUUCUCCAGAUUCUGCCUGUCCUUGACUUCUGCAAAGUCUUUCUCAUUUCUGGGGUGUCCUUGGAUAACUGUGUGGAGGUGGGGCGUAUCGCCAACACAUACAACCUCACUGAAGUGGACAAAUACGUCAACAACUUCAUCCUUAAGAACUUCCCCUCGCUGCUCGGCACCGGCGAGUUUGUCAAACUUCCCUUUGAACGACUUGCAUUUGUACUUUCCUCCAACAGUCUAAAACACUGCAGCGAGCUGGACCUGUUUAAAGCUGCAUGCCGCUGGUUACGUUACGAAGAAGUUCGCAUGGAAUACGCUGCCAAAUUAAUGCGCAAUAUCCGAUUUCCCCUCAUGAGUCCAACAGAACUUAUAAAUCACGUACAGACUGUCGACUUCAUGCGUACGGACAAUACCUGUGUUAACCUUUUAUUAGAAGCCAGCAACUAUCAGAUGAUGCCAUACAUGCAGCCGGUGAUGCAGUCGGAACGAACUGCGAUCCGUUCGGACAAUACCCAUUUAGUGACACUAGGGGGCGUGCUACGGCAACAGCUAGUUGUAAGUAAAGAGUUACGGCUUUUUGACGAGAAAGCACAUGAAUGGAAGGCACUGGCACCAAUGGACGCGCCGCGCUACCAGCACGGUAUUGCGGUGAUCGGUAACUUUUUGUACGUAGUCGGUGGACAGAGUAACUAUGACACGAAAGGCAAAACGGCGGUAGAUACUGUUUUUCGAUACGACCCGAGGUACAACAAGUGGAUUCAGGUGGCAUGUUUGAACGAGAAGAGGACCUUCUUUCAUCUGAGCGCACUCAAAGGACAUCUAUACGCUGUAGGAGGCAGGAACGCUGCAGGAGAGCUGGCAACUGUGGAGUGUUAUAAUCCCAGAACAAACGAAUGGACGUACGUGGCCAAAAUGAACGAACCACACUACGGACACGCAGGCACUGUUUACGGAGGAUACAUGUAUAUUUCAGGUGGAAUAACCCAUGACACCUUCCAGAAAGAGCUCAUGUGUUUUGACCCGGAUGCCGACAAGUGGACUCAGAAGGCUCCCAUGACCACGGUACGUGGUCUGCACUGCAUGUGCACUGUCGGCGAUCGUCUUUACGUCAUCGGCGGGAACCACUUCCGAGGCACCAGCGACUACGACGAUGUACUGAGCUGUGAGUACUAUAGCCCCACCCUCGACUUGUGGACACCAAUCGCGGCCAUGCUUCGCGGGCAGAGCGACGUGGGCGUGGCUGUGUUCGAGAAUAAAAUCUACGUGGUGGGUGGGUACUCGUGGAACAACCGCUGCAUGGUGGAGAUCGUACAGAAGUAUGACCCAGAGAAGGACGAGUGGCAUAAAGUAUUCGAUCUGCCGGAGUCCCUCGGUGGCAUCAGGGCGUGCACGCUGACCGUGUUUCCCCCCGAGGACCUCUCGCUUGCUGGUUCACCGAGUCGAGAGUCACCCCUCUCUGCUCCUUGAGAAUGGACGGAGAGAGAGUAAGAGAGAUAGAGGAAUAAAAGGGUCAGAUGAACGGGUAGAUGGAUUGACAGACAUAAAGAUAAAUGAAUAGAUGCACAUCAGUCUCUCUUGUUCUCUCUCUCUCUUUCUCUCUCUCUCGCUCUCUCUUCCCACAGGAAAAAGACAAUGUUUGCACUCCCCACUGAUAAACGUCUCAAUGGUGUCCGUGGUGAAACCCCUCUCCUUUCCCCAUACAUGAUUCCACUUCUCUUCCUCAUCCCUUAUUUCCUCUCCUCUCAGAAGUUAAUGCUGAAAGUCCUUCCCUUUUCCCUAUUUUGUUUAUUUGUUUUGUGAUGAGAAAGAAAAAUGGAACCGCUCCCGUAGUUGGGCAUAAUUACAUCUUAACAUUGCAUUUUGGGGUUUGUUUUGUCUCUCUUGGCAGGAAUAACCUUGACUUGAAAAACAAAUGACUUUGCAAUUCAACUUUUCUACCUGAAUCGCCAGAGUUUUGCUAUGAAGACGUUUUCCCACUCCCACAUAUUCUGAGGUCGUCUAAACCACAACCCCCCCCCCCAUUGUGAUUUCUCACUCGCGCUCUCUCUCGAUCUCACUCUCUCUCGCUCGCUGCAUUAUGACCCAGUUGUCCUGUCCACUCUCACCCUAUUUACUUCUGUCCACUUUUUUUUACCAUUAUUCUCCCUCAGGGGGUUAGCUGACCUUUGACCACAGGAUAAGGACACCGUUUUAAACUCAGGGGUUGGCGUGCCCCAUCUAACUGAUUUAAUUUCUCUACUCCUGCUGUUGUUAUGAACCAUUAACAGAAUUGUGUUUUCUAAAUUUAAUAAAGAUUUUGAGAAA